AUGGCAUGCCCUGGGGAAGGUAUUUUAACAGAUCUUGCCAAGAGAUUGGUAGAUAAAACCAUAAAGGAAGUUACUUACUUUCGUCAUUUCGAGACUCAUGAUCACGAGUUUGACGAGGACAAUCAACUUUUGCGUAGAAGAUUAGAGAAAGUUCGAAAGGAUAUUGACGACGCCAACAUUAAUGCGCAAGAAGUUGACGGUGAAGUUCAAGAUUGGAUAAAGAAAGCUGAUAAACUAAUUCAAAUGAAUGCUGAAGUUAGGCAAACAAGGUUUGAUAGCUGUUCUUUUCUUAGGAAAUAUCGACAAGGCAAGAUAUUGGCACAGAGGGCGCAAGUCAUUAAAAGUCACAUCCAAAAUUAUAAAAACUUUGAAGGAGUAGCUCGUCCAAGUAAACUUCCAGGUAUGAAGUACCAUGCUUCAAAAGACUUCAUUGAUUUUGAGAGCAGGAAGACAAAAUUCAAGGAACUUUUGGAUGCAUUAGAAGAUGGAAAUCAUUACACGAUUGGAUUGCAAGGGAUGGCGGGAACGGGUAAAACCACAUUGGCAACACAAGUGGGAAAGCAAGUUGAAGAAUCCAAAGCAUUUGAGAAAGUCAUCUUUGUUGUUGUGUCCAGUUCUCCAAAUGUCAACAAGAUUCGAGGCGAUAUUGCAAGGCAAUUAGGUUUGGAUUUAGAUCAAAGAAUUGAAGCAGAUCACUCAAAACAUUUGUGGUCUAGAAUUUCUAAUAAUGAAAAAAAGUUACUCAUAAUAUUUGAUGAUGUGUGGGAGAAGCUGGAUCUAACUGAACUUGGGAUUCCAUCUGGACCUGAUCACAAGAAUUGCUAUGUUUUGAUAACCACUCGUCAUUCAAAAGUUUAUCAACAAAUGAUAUGCCAAAAAGUAGUUCACCUACACACAUUGGGUGAUGAGGAUGCAGUGCGUCUCUUUCUGUAUCAUGCUAGAAGUUGUGAUGCUGAUCAUCCUUCAAGGAAUGAUUUAGAGGGUCUUGCACGAGCUUUUGUGAAGGAGUGUGGAGGAUUACCAAUUGCAAUUGUGGCACUAGCUAGCACAUUAAAAAAUUGGCCUGUUGCUGAAUGGAUUGUGGCUUUGACAACUUUACAAGAUAAUAAGCCAAUUGUUGAUGUCGAUAAAGAAUUGGUGAAUGUUUAUAAUUGCUUGAAAUUAAGCUAUGAUAAAUUAAAUAAUGAGAAGGCCCAAAAGCUUCUUUUAUUGUGUUCUAUAUUCCCAGAAGACUAUGAAUUUCCUAUAAAUCUCAUUAUUAGAAUUGGUAUAGGGUCAGGAAUUUUUGGGGAAGUUAACGAAUAUUGUGCAGCACGAAGCAAACCACUUGCAGUGAAAAAUGAACUUAUAGCUUCUUCUUUGCUACUGAAGGUUGAGAAUAAAGAAUGUGUAAAGAUGCACGACUUGGUUCGUGAAGUAGCUCAAUGGAUAGCGAAGGAUGAUAUUCAAGUGAUUAUGAAUUCAAGAACAACUUUUGAAGUAAGUAAGCGAUUUGUGUUUUGGAGUAUUGAUGAUUUUCCUGAUCAAUUUGAUGGUACGAAGGUUGAGAUUUUACUUCUUUGGAUAAGUGAAAAUGCUUUGAAAAAAGAUGCAAAUGCAUUCUUUGCAAGGAUGUCAAACCUCAAAAUUCUGUUUUUGCUCGGUCAAUAUGACAGAAGAGUUCCCACUCCGUCAUUGUCGCAAUCACUUGUUUCAUUAAAGAAUAUUCAAACUCUUAUCUUGGAUGGUUGCGAAAUAGGAAACAUUUCAGUUUUGAAGAAUUUACAAGGUCUUGUGACACUUGGGAUGGAAAAUUGUCUAAUUAUUGAAUUAUCCCAAGACAUCAUGGAACUGAAGAUGUUGAGAUUGUUGGGAUUUAAGAAGUGUGGAAUUCAACAGAACAAUCCCCUUCAAGGAACUGCAAAAUAUAUUCUUAGACGCAAAUCUCAAGCUACCUCAUCUGAGGGUAUUGGAAUUGAAAGAUUGCCCAAUGUUCCAACCAUCAAUUUUCAAACCCUUUUUUGCUCGAAGUCUUGGGAAAUUGGAAGAAUUAAUAGUUGA